AGUAUAGAAAAAGAGAAAAAUAUGAAGGAGAGGGGACGGAGAUUGCCACGGCAGAAAGGGUAAAAGCAAGGUGCAUAGGCAAUCAAAGCACACAUAGAAGAAAUCGGCCAGCAAAGUGGCAAGUAUCGCCAAUACAGAAAACAAAUGAGCAAAACACUGACCCCAUAUGGCUUUCAGCUUCUAAUUAUCAAGAGAAUGAAGAAAUACAAAUAGUACUGCCACUACUACCUUUCUCCUCCCUACUGUUCAGAGAAACACACUCACACACAUUCACGGAGAUAGAAAGAAAGAAAGAGCAGUUUUAGCUAGUGUGAUGCACAAGAAGUAGCGCAACAAACCGGCAUCUCCAUCUGGUAUUCCUCCCCCGUUGCACUUCAAUUUCAAACGUUACAUUGCAAUUCGAGCAAACCAAUGUUUGUUACGCACUGAGGGCGUGGCGUGGCGGUGGUGGAAGAAACGGAUCAAAAAUUUAAGAAGAGCAAAAUCAGUAAUGGUAUCACAAUAUUCAUUGCAUAGGUGGACACGGGACACCUGAUUGUUAACUUUGUUAUUUGUCUUCUUCUAGACUGUGUUGUCAGCCAGUCACAAGCAGGGGUAAGGGCAGGGCCUUUUUCUCUUUCUCAUUUUUACUUGCAUCAAUCUUGUUUUUAGCGAAAAUGAGAAAGGGAGAGACGGGUAAGAAGAGGAGUGUCGUUGGCGAAGCAAAGACGUCAGGAAGUCAUGAGGUUGGAGUACUUGAGACCACAAAAUGGGUCAACAAUGGCUUGCCUCCUCCUCCUCACAACCCCCAAGAAAAUAAAAACGAUCUAUAUACUGAACUGUGGUAUGCAUGCGCCGGUCCUCUAGUUUAUGUACCGCGAGUUGGUGACAAGGUUUUCUACUUCCCACAGGGUCACCUGGAACAGGUUGCUGCAUUCUUGAAUGAAGAUAGUAAGACGGCAAUGCCCAUCUACGAUUUACCUUACAAGAUCCUCUGCAAGGUCGUCCAUGUUCAACUUAAGGCUGAAGCUAAAACAGAUGAGGUGUUUGCCCACAUAAAUUUGCUUCCAGUAGCAGAGGGAGAUGAGCUAAGCUCAAACAAGGAUGGAGAGUCCCUUCUGUUGCAUAGAAAAACUCGUGUGCUAUCCUUUACCAAGAAACUUACUCCAUCUGACACAAGCACACAAGGUGGAUUCUCUGUUCCAAAGCGACAUGCAGAAGAGUCCCUUCCACCUCUGGACAAGUCUCAGCAACCCCCAGCACAGGAACUUGUCGCCAAAGACUUGCAUGGUUCUGAAUGGCGCUUUAGACAUAUCUAUAGAGGCCAACCAAAGAGGCAUUUGCUUACUGGUGGUUGGAGCACAUUUAUCUCUUCAAAAAGGGUUGUUGCUGGGGAUUCUUUUAUCUUCCUUCGAGGCGAAUCUGGAGAACUUCGGGUUGGGGUCCGUCGAGCAAUGAAACUAGAGAACAAUUUAUCAGCGAAUGUCGUAUCUGCCCAUAGCAUGCAACUUGGAAUACUUUCCAGUGCUUCCCAUGCCAUUUCUACUGGAAGCAUUUUUACAAUCUUCUUCCAUCCUUGGACAAGUCCUGCUGAAUUUAUCAUUCCAUUUGAUCAAUACAUGAAGUCAGCUGAAAUUGAGUACUCCAUUGGGACAAGAUUCAUCAUGCAGUUUGAAGGAGAGGAAUGCACAGAACAGAGUACCUUUAGGAUCGAAAGAUGUGAGGGCACUGUAGUUGGUGCUGAAGAUGUUGAUCAUAUUCGGUGGCCCAACUCAGAAUGGAGGAUUCUCAAGGUAAAAUGGGAUGCUGUUUCAGAUGCAUUCGUGCAUCCAGAACGUGUUUCUCCCUGGAACAUUGAGCCUAUAGAACCUAUAAGAAAGAAGCAUGCUUCUCUUGUACAUCAAGGAAAGAAGGCAUGUAUAGCAGACACAUCACUGCCUAGGUUUCUUAUCUCUGUCAAGGAUGGCUUAUUGCAUAGUUCAGUUGAGUAUGCAAAUCGAAGCCACUUAAAGGUCUUCCAAGGUCAAGUAGAUAGGGAUACGGGUGCUAAUAAAUUUGGUGCAUUUAAACCGCCUACAAUAGCACAUUUGCUUUCCCCUCCAAAUCCUGAAUGGAACUUCUCACCAAUCGGAAAAGAUAAUCAGGAGCUGUUUUGGAUGCAUGGCCCCGUUUAUCCGUGUCCCAGCAGUACAGUAUCAUUUCCUGGUGGAAACAUAGCAAGGCUGGGUAAUCCUAAUAGCUGGUGCUCCACACCUAGCUCUUAUGGAGUCCAUGAUAAUGCUGUUGGAAGCAGAAGCUUGUCAGUUCCAUUUGUGUCUCACAAUUCUGGGUCUCAGAAGUGGAGAGGUUUUGAACUGAAGCAUGCAAACGAAGUUCCACUUGCUGCCCCGCACAGUGGUGGCAGCAGUUAUAUGCUUUUCGGUGUCAAUUUAGAAAAUAAUCCACCGGAGCUCCCUUCACCACAAGUUGCCACUUCUGUUGUUCUUGAAAAUCACAAUUAUGUUCCCCUAACAUCUCAGUCGAGUGUUUCAGAGCCAUCAAAGAGUACGUCAGGUGUUAAUUCUGAUAAACAAUGCAGGAACUGUUCCUCGGCUGCUAUUCCUAGUUGCACAAAGGUGCUCAAAUAUGGAACUGUACUAGGAAGAUCAGUUGAUCUCACACAAUUCGAUGGGUACAGUGAACUUAUUUGUGAGCUUGACCUGAUGUUUGACUUCCAAGGAAGUUUGAUCGAUGGGACCAGCGGGUGGUGUGUAGCGUACUCGGACAAUGAAGGGGACAUGAUACAGAUUGCAGAUUGCCCAUGGCAGGAAUUCCUAUCAGCGGUCCAUAGGAUUUUCAUCUGUCCCAAGGAAGAAACUGGCAAGCUGAAUCCAGUCUCACCUAAUCCAUCACCUUCAGAGUAACUAUUGUUCACUAGGUCACUCCGUGCCUUGUGUUCAUGGGCUUACAUUCAUAGAUGUGUGUUUGCACUUAUUCUAAGGCAAUUAAAUAUAUGUGGCAUUAUUUUGAUCCAAGUAAAAUCCGAACGCAGUGCUUAUGCUCAGAACAUUUUUUUUAAAAUAAUACUUGGAAAAGGCUAACCCAGACUAGUGUGGGAUUAACAAGUCUUUGUUGUUGCUCUUGGAAAUAGUGUUGAUACAGGCAGACAGCACUAUGUUUAUUACGAGGAUGUUAUGCACUGAUGCAUCAUUAUAUGUGAGUGCACAGGGUUUAUAUAUCCAGUGAAGGAUUAGGUGUUUGUAGGUGCCUUGUUUGAGGGAAUUCUAACACUAUAUUUUGCAGGGAUCCCUUUUGAAUGUAUUGAGCUGUUUCAUUUUCA